AUGGGCGUUGGCUAUUGCUAUGAGCAUUGCUAUCUCUUCCUCUAUCCCAAGGGAGACAAGCGCCUUUCUGAGCACUUGGUAGACAUUUUCCCCGUCUGUAGAGUGAAGUCCUAUCCUGGCACACCCCCGGAUUGGUAUCAGUGUAAAAGUAUAUUUCCAGAUGGCUACAUAUUGUACAGGUAUGUCAGUGCAACGAAUCCCCUUUCUGCCUCACCCACCACUACUAUCCCUAAUGUGACUUCAACCUCAAUUGUGACCACCAUAGAAAGACAUCACACAGUGGCAUUCAUAGGAGAUACAGAAGGAAGCCUACAUAAGAUUAACAUAGUGAACAGUUCUUUCGGGUACGUGUAUGAAGAUGUCUCUCUUGGAGGUGGAUCUGUCUUGCAAGAGAUGUUCCUUGAUGAAUCAAAAGAGCAACUAACACUUGCCACAAGUUCAGACCAAAACUCGACUCAGAAUCGGGUUGUUACAAUCGAUUUAGUCAACUGUGGACAGUACCAGACGUGCGAGGAGUGCAUUGGUGAGGAUGGUGGAAAUGAUGGAGAUCCUUACUGUGGAUGGUGUACUUUAGAGGCAAGGUGUACCCGAUACGAAGAAUGUCCUUCCCCUGAUGAAUCUACCCGGUGGCUGUCUUAUAAUGCCAUCCAAUGUGUAUCCAUCUCAGAUGUCCAGCCUGAUAAUAGACUACCAUAUCAAAUUACAGAACAAGAGAUCACCAUUACUGUACAGCAGCUUCCAACCCUGAAAGACAACCACCAAUACCAGUGUGCCUUCGACUCUUACCUGAUCGAUGCUGUUACAACGUCUGAUACAGUAGUGUGUACAAGUCCUCCUGUGGACGAAUUGCCCACAAUCCCUGAAGAAGAUGACCAUAAGAAUUUGACUCUUUCCAUUUUCUCAACGGAGACCACAGUUUACUUCAUAAGCACGGAUUUUAUCCUCUUUGACUGCACCCACCAUAAAUCUUGUUCGUCUUGUGUCUCAAGUGCAUGGCCAUGUGACUGGUGUGUUUAUGAUAACAUGUGUACGCAUGAGAGCAGCUCAUGCCAGGAAGGUGAAAUAGUGGUGAUUGGAGAAAAUAAUCCCGUAGGCUCUGGAGACAAAGGACAGAUUUACUGUCCUCAGCUGGUUGGUACAUCAGAAACCUUCUUCAUACCAGUGAAUAUUCCUUCUAGUUUCUCAUUUGUGGCAAGAAAUAUUCCUACAGAUCAAACAAAGAUCCAGUCAUUCGAUUGCAUUCUUCUUAUUGAUGGAGAUGAGACACGAGUAGAAACUGCAUUCGUCAAUGAAAGUUAUGUUCUGUGUGGGGCUAAAGGGUACAUUUAUGCUGACGACAUCCUUCAGAAGAAUGUGAGCGUCUCCGUUCAAUGGAAUGGCCAACAUUAUAUAGAUGACCGUAAUGAUGCAUAUGUGACUCUGUACAAGUGUUCUGCCAACGGUGGAAGCUGCAGCCGGUGUCUGUCGCCAGAAGCAACACCUUCGUUCCUAAACUGUGGCUGGUGUGGGAUUGACUGUAAUGUCAUUGAGAGUGAUGUUUGUCAGAGCAAUCGAUUUGUCUAUCAGAAUCAGACCAAUCUUUGUUCAGCACCAGUAAUAACCGGAUUUUACCCUUUAUCAGGUCCAAUUAAUGGCAAUACAAGAUUGGAAAUCAUCGGAACCGAUCUAGGAGUGGCAUUUAUUGAUGUUCUAGAGGUUACUAUAGGAGACUUGGUGUGUAGCCUAACAGACAUGGAUUCCUACUAUCAACCAGGACAGAGUGUAAGUUGCCUAACUGGGUUAUCUCCCGCGGUAACAUCAGGACGAAUCACGAUUAAGAUAUGGUCCGGUGAGAGGACUAGGACCGGAAACAGUGAAGAUCAAUUCUACUAUAGGGAUCCCAUGAUCUCGGGGUUUAGCCCUAUUAAGGGACAGGCAGCGGGAGGGACCCGAAUCACAAUUACAGGAAUGUACCUCAACACGGGAAGAAUCAUCGAAGCUAGAUUGGGCGAAGCACACUGCGCCGAAUUGACUGUUGGUGUUAUGACAGCGACCUGUAUUACAAGCGGUAUAACAAUUAAUAAAGAGACUUCAGUGAGAUUCAUCAUGUCGUUUGAUGGAGUGGAAAGAAUGUUUGGAGACUACAGCUUCACUUACAAGUCAAACCCAGUAAUUAUUGAUAUUGACAGAUCUGAAGCAAUCAUGUCGGGAGGUCUUAAUAUUGAAAUAACAGGAGAACGGCUUGAUCUGGUCCAAAUCCCCAGGAUAAUUGUUACGUCGACAACAACUAGCGCAUUUGAGCUUUGCAAUGGAACAGAUACUCUCCUCGUAUGCCCAUCGCCAAAAUUUCCUGACGAUGUCGCCUCCACCUUAAGGAAAAGAGCAUCUGACGUAAUCACGUUUUACGCAAAUUUGACAUUUGACUUCGAUGGUUACAUAAUCGAUGGCGGCUUGAUAGAAUACUACCCAGACCCAAUUUAUGAAAGCUUCGAUGGACCAAACGGACUCUAUGAAAGCAGCAACGGGAGGCUUGAAAUAACAGGAUUUAAUUUAGAUCUGGCAAGUAGGAAAGAUGAUAUUCAAAUUCUACUUGGACCAAGCAGUGCAUGUGAUGUGGAUUAUCUUAAAACCGAUGUUGUUGGGUGUCAACUGCCCGAAGAGAGACCCAUCGCAGGUGAUGAGAAUGGAACACGCGGUGAAGGAGCCACCAGGAACUUACCAGCAGUGACGGUAUUACACGGAAACCUAAAGUUCUAUCCGGGAUUUGUUUCAGCGUGGCCUACGGAAGGGAACCCGUUAAUAGCUACCGUAAUACCCACUGUUAUCGUCUUGAUCAUCUUCAUCACCAUACCUACAAUUAUUAUUGCCUUUUGGUAUAGGAAGAAACGGCUUGAAGUGAAACGCGCCAAGGAAGAAGUAGCUAUGGUUCGAAUGAACAUCUUGAAAAGAGUUCGCGAAGUCUCUAGUACAAGUUUAGAUAUGACGGAUGCUGAUAACAGAGUUCAGUCUCAAGGAGUUCCUUUUGUGGGGAAUGUCCAGUAUGUGACACUGAUGAUGUUUGCCGGGCUAGGUGUUCACCCAGAAACAUCGGAUCCAGAGUACAUGGAAGACUUUAUGGAGCAUUCAGUUAUUGUAUUCUACCGAAUGCUAAAAAAGAAGGAGAAAAUGAUAGAAUUCAUCAGGCAAUUGGAAACGAAGAAAACAGGACAAGGUCGAGAAAGGGAAUUAAUUGCAUCCCUGUUAGCAAUCACGUUCGUCAGUGAAUGGAAUUCAAUUGUCUUUACAGAAGUGAUGACCGCUCUUGUUGAAGAUGAAAUCAUGGGGGCAUCUGAAUCCAGAAGACCAAUGGACAAACUAUUCACAAAAACUGAAUCUAUCACCGAGAAACUGAUCAGCAAUUGGUUUUCAAUCUGCAUGUUCGAGUACCUACAGGUAUAUGGACUCUAUUCACUAUUCAUGAUGUACCAAGCAAUGAAAACCCAAGCAGAGAAAGGUCCUAUAGAUGCCGUGACAGGGGCUGCGUACUACACACUGGAGUCUGGAAAACUCAUAGAUGAAGAGAUCGACUUUCAUUCUCUUAACAUCGAUGUUGUUGAUGAAGACGGCCAUGCUUUUGUUCGAGUAAACGUUUUGGAUGUUGAUACCGUGAAGCAGGCCAAACAGAAGAUCCUAGAUUGCCUUUGGAUGAAGAGUUUCUGCCUGCUACCGAGGGAUGUUGAUGCAGUUGACCUCGUUUGGAUCGAAUCCCCUGAAAGUUACACGUUGCUUCAGGAUGUGGACGACAUGUCUGAGACACAAUGCAAGGUCAUGUUCAAUACGCUGAAGAGCUAUGGGAUUAGGAACGGAUCUCGUGUUGCACUGGUAGGUAAGAACCAGCUACCGAAAGCACCUGUCAAUGGCUACCAAGCUCUUUAUGUCAAAGAAUUAUCUUCGAACACAUAUGAAUCAUUGAUACCUGUAUCAGAUGAGGCGAAUCUUACAUCAGGACCAUCUCAACUGGCUUUGAAUGCUGUCCAUUUGAAGAUUGAUGCUGAAGGUCAAACAAGGAAAGCAGUCAACCUGCCUGAUAACAUUAAAAGAAAGAGAGCAGAGCUUGAUCGAAAUCUUGCUAUCCCACACAUGCUUAAAAUGAAAGCAUCAAUAGGUCCAUACGUAGAUGGAGUCUUUGAGGUUAUGUUCAAGAAACCAUCCCGGAUCCCUCUACCUGUAAAGCAUCUCUUUGACACGUUUGAUGACCUUGCCGUCAAGUACGCCGAUGGGAAAUCGUCCAAGGAAUGUGCGCAAAAUUGGAAGAUGAAUUGCUUGUCUCGCUUCUGGUGUCAAGUACUCAUCAACCUACCAUCUUUGUUUGAUAUGCCAAGAUCAGAAACGGCUGAUCGGUGUGUCAUCGCUGUUGCUGAAGCCAUUACAGAUGCAGCUAGUACCACCGCGCUGUCACAGAGUGAAUCAAAUCAUCUACCCUACUACAAUGAACAUCCGCUUCAGCGACAGAUGAUGUCUGACUACUGCUCUGUGAUAUCAAGCCAACCAAAGGUCAAGUCAAGACUCAAGUUAACAAGAGCCUGUUCCUCCAUCACAAAGGAAUUCAAAGGUCAUUUUAGUCACCUUUCGAAUUUACUGCACCUUUACAACCUCACCAAGGAUGAAGUAGAGGGCCUCUUGAAAUAAAGUGCGUGGGAAAACCUUAAUGCCACGGUGACCCUUCAAGUAAUAUUUCAUAAAAGGCGCCAAUUAAAUUAACAUCCGUGAUCGGCGCCAGUAUGUGGACGGUGGUAAUGGGAGGACCCUAUGAAUACUUCCGUUGCGAAAUAAGUGUAGUAUAACUGGGACGACCCAAUCAUACUAUCUGUAUUUUUCAUGUUCAAGCUUUCCUUGGUCUUAGUUACCAAAAUUUUAAUUCACUACUUGACAAAAAAAAUAACCCUUAUAGGCCAUACGAUUUAGAUUAAUACAUACCAUUGACAAAAAAUGUGUAUUCUUCCAGUUUCUGUCUCGGGAUUAACAAUGAAAUUUAUUUUUUCUCUCUACUAAUGUCAUAAAAAAUCAUUGGGAACUUCUCCAUGGCAUGGAAUUAUUUCGGAAUAGUGGGUAGCUUAAAGGAUUACAAGAUAAAAGAUCGGUUUUGUUUAUUAAUUGAUAAAUGACUAGUACCGAGCAAGACAUUUGAUAAUAUUCAUUCAUGCCAUUUGUUGUUUGACUAGUGUAGAUUGUGUUUGUGGAUUCUCAUAAAAUCUGGAAACUAUUUACUUGCACAAACAGUUACUUAUUUAAGAGUACAGUAAAUACGAUAGAUGAGAUUCCAUAUCAAUGAAAAUAAUGGAAAUAAAGAAAAUGAGCUAUGAUAUCGUGAUCUUGCACAACACAUAAUGCAAAACAUAUAUUCCAUCAAUCAUGUAUCUAACAUCCGAUUUGUGUAUAUACUUUUUAAUCUUUAUAAUAUAGAUAUGUUUAUGCAAUUUGAUUCUGACGAUUAAUCAAACGUGACCCUAAAAUCCAUAACACCUUAAAAAGAGUGCAUGUAUAUUUCAUUUGUAAUUAAGUCCCAUUGGGAAUAAAUUCUUCAAAUUAUGAUUUUGGUACCAGUUAACACUAUAACCGUUUGUAUCAUUAACUAUUGAUUUGAUGGUGAAAAAAUCUUGGUGUAUCAUGAUAUGUUUUAUAUAAGGAAAUGAUAUUAGUAAUAUUAUAUUUUAAUAUGCAUGGGUGUUAUUAUAUCCUGUAGCGUUCUCUCUUUCUUGCAGCUUAAAAUAUGGAAAUGGGUAGAAACACGGAAUAUUACAUGGUAAAUAUAAGUUAAUACUAUAAUAAUCCAGAACAUAAGAUGUGUGUAUGUUAUAGAUGUCCGCAAUGGUGUAUGUUAGAGUCAACUUGGUCAAUUACAUUUUGAGAUUUUGUAGAUCUUAAAAUAACAAUGUAGCGUUCUCUCUUUUAACAGAGAGAAAAUGAAAAUGAAAAUGGGUAGUAAAACUAACGCAGAGUGAUAAAAUGGUAAGGUGGUCUUUAGUUGAUACUUUGAUAAAUCAGAAUUUAAGAUUGGUAUAUUUUUAUUAUAAAUAUCCUUAAUGAUGUAUGUUCGAGUCAAUGAAUUAUGUUAUGCAUGUCUUAAAAUAA